GGAUGUUGACAGCGAAUUAGCCAGCUGACGCACACGUGCGGUAAAAGAAGCAAGGCUGAAGUCAUGUCCAAAGCAAAGCAAAAACGAGCUAAACGUCUUGGUUUUCUCGGGAGAUUUAAGACUAAAGAUGGGCGGAAAGCUGAUGGCUCAGGGUCAGCAAACAAUGCAAAGCAGCCUGCUGCUCACCAGGUCAAGGACUCCAGAAACCCAGAGGAUGUCAGGAAGCAAAGGCUCCAAGCUCUCCAGGAAAAGCAGAAACUGUCCAGAGAGCGCGAGAUGUUGAAGAGGAGAAAUUUACAGACCUUUCAGAAUGACAUCCUACAACGACAAAGAGAGUUUGAGCUGAAGGAAACAGAGAUGCAGAGUUUGGAAAAACAUGUAAACUUUGAAAACGAGAAUUCAAGAAAGGCGUAUUAUAGAGAAUUUAAAAAGGUUGUGGAGGCUUCAGAUGUCAUUUUGGAGGUCUUGGAUGCACGAGACCCUCUGGGCUGCAGAUGUCCUCAGGUGGAACAAGCCGUUAUUCAGAGUGGAACCAACAAGAGGAUCGUUUUAGUCCUUAACAAGAUCGAUUUGGUGUCAAAAGAAAUAAUUGAAAAGUGGAUAAAAUAUCUCCGUAACGAGUUUCCUACUGUGGCUUUCAAAGCUUCCACCCAGCAGCAAAAUAAGAACCUGAAACGCAGUAACGUUCCUGUGACACAAGCCACCUCUGAGCUCCUGAGCAGCAGCGCAUGCAUCGGAGCCGACUGCCUGAUGAAAUUAUUGGCAAACUAUUGCCGCAACCAGGACAUUAAGACCGCCAUCACUGUGGGAGUUGUAGGUUUUCCUAAUGUUGGAAAGAGUAGUUUGAUCAACAGUCUGAAAAGGGCCCGGGCGUGCAGUGUUGGAGCCACACCUGGGGUCACAAAGUGUCUUCAAGAAGUGCAUUUGGACAAACACAUUAAGCUUCUGGAUUGUCCCGGAAUCGUCAUGGCAACGUCGACAACGGAUGCUGCAAUGAUUCUCCGUAACUGUGUGAAAAUCGAGCAGCUUGUAGAUCCUCUUCCCCCUGUUGAGGCCAUCCUCCGAAGAUGUAACAAGGCACAGAUCAUUGAGCACUACGGUGUUCCAGACUUCCAGACGGCUCAGGAGUUCCUGGCUCUUCUUGCACGCCGUCAGGGCAAACUGAGAAAGGGAGGACUGCCUGACACGGAUAAAGCAGCAAAGAGCGUGUUAAUGGACUGGACGGGAGGGAGGAUCAGCUACUUCACACACCCUCCAGAAACUCACACUCUGCCCACCCACGUCAGCGCUGAGAUCGUUUCAGAGAUGGGAAAAGCAUUUGACUGGGAUGAGUUGGAAAAGGGAAAUCAGGAGGUUCUUGCAGAGUCCUCCUGUCCCGAUGUCCAAAUGGGAUUCUGCAUGGAAACUGCUGGCAUGACACAAGGGGGUCAGAAUGAGUCACCUGAACUGGAAAUGGGUGGAGAGUCUGUGGAAGAUAAAGACGAAUCCGAAGUCAUGGAGGAUGAUCAGGAUUCGGAGUUUGGACCAAUGACUGUAGAGAUAAAAACACAGAAAAAGACAGACUUUUCUGUAAAAGAUGCUGCUCCCAAAGCUCCGGACCUGAAGGAUAUUCUGAAAGUAGAUCCUUUACAGCAGGGCCAAGCCCUCCUAGCUGCCAAUAAGAAAAGGAAAAAGCAGCAAAAGAGAGCAGACAAAAUUGCAACCAAGCUCUCCGACACGCUGACAUCUGCAAUGGACUUUUAACUCUCAGAUGGCUGAUGGAAAAUAAAUUAAAAUGAAAGCUGAACACC